UGGUCAAGGAGACAGACUUGAAAUCUGUUGGGCUUCGCCCGCGCAGGUUCGAACCCUGCUGUCGACGCAUUUUGUUUUUUUUUCCUGGGCGACCGACCGACCAGCCACCACCAUCUUCUAGGAACGGAGGAAAGCUGAGAGGUUGCGAAGAUCGGGCAGAGAUGGCGGCGAGGUGGGAGAGCAGGGUGUUGGGAACGAUGGCUCGGAUCGCGACGGCUUUCGGGGUAUCGGAACUGAUACUGGUGGGCCGCCGCGACUUCAACGCCUUCGGGAGUCAUGGCUCCACUUCUCAUCUCCGAUUCCGUCAUUUCCAUUCUCUCUCCAACGCCCAAGUUUACCUUAAGAUCUGACUAUUUGGAACCUCAGGAGAAAGAUUGUGAUAUUUGUGGUGUAGAAAUUACUGAUGGAGCUGUUUCUGUGAAUCAACAUCCUUUCAGAAAAAAAGUACUGCUUUCCUGCUUGGCAAUGAGGGGACUGGCCUUUUCUAAGGAAUGUAAGAUAUGUGAUUUCUUUGUUUACAUCCAUCAACGUCACUGUAGCAGCUUCCAUUCUCCUUCACUUUUUUGGAGAGAGAACCUAGAAUUUCAUCUGUGUUGGUGUCGGGAUAAUCUGACUGCUGGCCUCGACUAUUGCAAGAUCAUGUUAUUAUUCAGUAUGUUCAUUCUGGAAUUGUCAUUAAUGGGGGAAAAAAAUGCACUAGAUCCUUGAAUUCUGUUUUAGUUCAUCUGCAAAAUAUGUUAAAUUCAAUCUUGUGAUUUGUGAGAGCCAUUUUCAUAAAAUGACGUGCUUCUGUUCUUCGGAAUAUUCUUUUGAUGUUCCUGUUGAGGGUUGAUGUCUUGUAUUCUGUGUACGGGGUUUGUGGGCUGCCUCCGGAGGGUUAUUAAAAGCUUAGGGUUUAGAUAGGAUUCAGAAAAUUUGUACCUUUAUAAAUUGUUGCAAUGGGAGGUCAUUAGAGUUAUUGGGAAUUCUUUGUAAACACAGAAAGGCUUGAGGAAGAGAACGUGUAAUCCUUUCUCCAUUGUUAGUGAAAACUGCUCCUAUCUCUCCCGUGGAUGUAGGCACCUAGCCGACCACGUAAAUCCUUGUGUUUUGCGGUUGUGUGUGAUUUUCUUCUUUUUGUUUAUUGUGUUUUCUGGAUUGUGAAUAGGUUUCAGUUUCUGCAGUUCUGCUAUUUCUUGUAGAUUUGUAGAUUAUUGUGCUUAAAAAUUAGGUGAUUUGAAAGGGAAAAAAAUAUUUAGUGGCUUUAUCAAGUAUUAUUAGGUUCAUUUGACCCAAUGUGGUUGACUUGGUCUAUGAGAAAAACCUUUUGUUUUGAUCUACUUAAGUUCCCUGAUUGCAGAAGAGGGAAUCCUAAAAGUUUUGUUCCUUGUAUUCUGAAAUUUGGAGGUUAGCCUUUGAUUUUCUGUGAUUAUCAUUUAAUACUUGCAUGAUCUUCCCUUGAUGCAAUUAGAGUAUAACUGAAAUAGUUGAUUACCUCUCCAGAUGUAGUGUGUAUCGAUCUUCCUCAUCUAAAGAGGAAUUUUUUUCCUUCCAAAUUUGGCGCCUUCUUUGUCUUCAAUAAAGUUUUAAAAUAUUAGGAAUGGAAUUACAAAAUGAAAAUAAACUCACAUCUCUCCUGUGGGUGCCUUUCUUCCUUGGAUUUGUUUCUUGAUUCAAUAGUUCUCGUAGCAAAUGCUCUGAUGGGUAGUCUUUACCCUUAUGAAUCUUACUUGGGUAGUGAAGAUCUUCAAUAAAGGACAUUGUUUCUACAUUUUAUGAAACUUCAAUUGCAUACACUCUUUUUAAAAUAAAAAAAAAAAAAAUAAUUUCCCUACAGUUGAACUUUAUAGUUGAGGUUACAACUUUGAUCCACCAAUGGUGUACUUCUACUGCAUUCAUUCUAAAAAUACUUUCCCAAUUUAGCAGAUGAGUUGGCUAGAUGGGGGUGGGAGUUCAGAGGGAUUCUCCUUAUGACAGCCCUUGGCUUUGGUCUGUUGUUAUACUUUGUCUUUGAACUCUAGCAUUUACCUAUCAAAAAGGAAGAAGUCAAAAUUGUGAAGAGUUCCUCUUGAAUAAAAGAUUCAUGUUUAUAAGUGCUACAUCAUAUUUACUGAAAAAGUUUAUGCUCAUUGGAGAAUCUGCAUGCUUUACAUGUAAAUGGAACUCAGCAUGAAUUCUGCAUUUUUUAAAGUAUUUAUGGAAGUCCGUCCUUAAUCUUACAUUAUGUGUAUUCAGUUCGGGCAGGCUUCCCU